AAACAGACGCCCCCGCCGCAGCCAAUGAGCUCGCGGUCUGGCUGACGUCGCCUCCGUGAGGUACACGUGCGCAGCACGAAAAAAAAACCGCUGGCGUCGUCUCGAGCGCCGCAUUUCUCCAAGGCGGUAGUCACGUCGUGUAUCCCGGACGGUGCUCUUCAAACGGUUUCAAGACAAGUCCAAGUCUCCAGGGUAAGCCAUGCCUUCUGUUCCCUCGUCCAAAGAAACUCCCGUCAAAGGCUCCGUGUGCCCCCACAUUGCCAAACUGCACCACACCAACGGAGAGGCCAAACUGCGGGAGGGCUCUUUCCCCAUAAAUGGGGUUGACAAGGUGACGUUGGUGGUGAACUCGGAGGAGUCCAGCAGAACCAUCCAGAUAGACAAAAAGAGCACCAGUCCCGAGAGGAAGUGGAUCCGGCCCGACCUCCCCAGCCGCUGCAAGUGGAGCCUGGGGGCCUCAAAAGCCGACUCGCCUCAUCCACAGAUCCAAAGGAUCGUCCCUCAGCCCAUCCUCCCGAACGUCCUGCAGAGGAUCGGCGACACUCCCAUGGUGCGCAUCAACAAGAUCCCAAAAGCGUUUGGACUCAAGUGCGAAAUACGGAUCGGACUGGCUCUGGCUGCCGCUGUCAAAGGCUACCGCUGCAUCAUCGUCAUGCCCGAGAAGAUGAGCAUGGAGAAGGUGGACGUCCUGAGGGCUCUGGGAGCCGAGAUCGUCCGUACUCCCACCAGCGCUCGCUUCGAUUCGCCCGAGUCUCACGUGGGCGUGGCGUGGCGCCUCAAGAACGAGAUCCCCAACUCGCACAUCCUGGACCAGUACCGCAACCCGAGCAACCCCCUGGCUCACUACGACACCACGGCCGAGGAGAUCCUGGAGCAGUGCGACGGAAAAGUGGACAUGCUGGUGGCUGGAGCCGGCACGGGCGGAACCAUCACCGGCAUCGCCCGCAAACUGAAGGAAAGAUGCCCAGACAUCAAAAUUGUCGGCGUCGACCCAGAAGGCUCCAUCCUGGCUGAGCCCGACCACCUGAACAAGACCGACAAGACCCAGUACGAGGUGGAGGGGAUCGGGUACGACUUCAUCCCGACUGUGCUGGACCGAUCUGUUGUGGAUGCCUGGUACAAGUCCAACGACGAGGAGUCUUUCAACAUGUCCCGUAUGCUGAUCCGGGAGGAGGGCCUGCUGUGCGGAGGCAGCUCCGGGACGGCCAUGGCGGCAGCUGUGAAUGUGGCCAAAGAGCUGAAGGAGGGCCAGCGCUGCGUGGUCAUCCUGCCAGACUCCAUCCGUAACUACAUGUCAAAGUUUCUGAGUGAUAAGUGGAUGGUCCAGAAGGGCUUCCUCAGCGAGGAGGACCUGAUGGUGAAGAAGCCGUGGUGGUGGAACUUGAAGCUGCAGGGCUUGAACCUGUCGGCCCCUCUCACCGUUCUGCCCACCGUCACCUGCCAGAAGACCAUUAAAAUCCUCAAGGAGAAGGGCUUCGACCAGGCUCCGGUGGUGGACGAGACGGGGUUAAUCCUGGGAAUGGUGACUUUGGGAAACAUGUUGUCAUCGAUCCUCGCCGGAAAGAUCAAGCUGUCCGACCCCGUCAGCAAAGUCCUGUACAAGCAGUUCAAACAGAUCCGUCUGACUGACAACUUGGGGAAGUUAUCCCGCAUUCUGGAGACCGACCACUUUGCCCUCGUGGUGCACGAACAGAUCCAGUACCUGACAGACGGCUCCCCCACGCUGAGGCAGAUGGUUUUCGGCGUGGUGACGGCUGUCGACCUGCUGAAUUUCGUCACAGGCCGGCAAAGGGAACGUUCCAUGUCAGAGUCCACCGACGAGCUGUGAUCUGGGUGCCGAAACAGCAGAACUUUGUGCACAAUGACAGCUCAAGUAGGAAUGUCUUAAAGUAAAGAAAGAAAAAGAAAGAAACUGUGGUGUUAUUUUUAUGUUUUGGGUUGAGGUUUGUUUUUCUUUACUGGUUGAAAAUAUUGAUUAACUUUUCUUGUUUUAAACUUGAAUCUUAUGGUUAAACAUGCCAUGCUACUACCACUGCUUUUUUUUUUAGGUUUGCAUACUAUUUAAAUCGGUUAAUUAUUGUUGUAUGUAUUUGUAGAGCUGAAAGCAAUGUUUUUGGUAAGUUUGUAAUUUUUUUCGAUAGCUUUUAGUUUUCAGGAUUGGGUAGAGGCAUUUGUGUUGCUGCAAUUGUUAAAAAAACAAACAGAUUAUAUCUGUUAAAUUUUGUAUUCAACAUAAGAAAUAAGAAACCAAAUGGUAUAAAGGCUUCAUUGAUGUAAAUGAUGGUGAGAACUGCUGUAUAAAGGCUUAUUUUGUCAGUGAUGCUUAAUGUAUGUUUUUCUUUUCUUCUUUUGAUCAGACAGUGUUAAUUUCCUCUUCUGUUCCAACACAAAGCCUGUAAUGUAACUGAUGAGAGCUAAUUUGAUCUUAGAUGCAGUGCGGAGGAAACAUUUUGUAUUGCUAUUUUCUUCAAGGAAUGUAUGACUAAAUAAAAAUGAAAGAAUUCCUUUGUCUUUUU